UUUCAGGAUGGAUCGUCUGCUGUUUGCAUGUUCUCUCAUUUCCGUUUUCAUCCAAGGUCAUCUUUCUUCAUCAGAACACCACUCCUUCAAAGUGUCUUGUGAUAAAAAUGUUGCAGAAUUAAAGCACUUUUGGAGAAGUACAGGCCUUUGUCCAGCAGCUCCACAUCAAGAGGACUACAGCUAUUUCUUGAGUGAGGAUGAAAAGCAGAACCUGGCCCUGAUUGGGUCUGUCCCAAGAGAUGGCAUCAAGCAAGUUCGCAUUCAUUGGUUGCUGGAUCUUGUUAAAAUCAACUCAAUUGAAGGAUCCAUCAUCAACUACAACUUUACCCUUUUGGACCAACUGGUUGAUCUGUUACAUUCCAAUGGUCUUCAGCCUGGCUUUGAACUGAUGGGGAACCCAUCGGACUGGUACAACGACUUUGAGAACAGGACCCAGAUUUUCGCCUGGCGGGACUUGGUCCAGCUCAUAGCCAAGAGAUACGUAGAUCGUUAUGGCCUUUCUCAGGUCGCUGAAUGGAACUUUGAAUCCUGGAAUGAACCUGAUCAUGGAGACUUUGAUAAUCUCAAUUUUACAGUACAAGGUUUUCUGAAUUACUAUGACGCAUGUUCUGAGGGCCUCAAGGCGGCCCAUCCGAGCCUGAAGUUAGGUGGCCCCGCAGACAGCUGUAAAGAACCAUCUAAAGAACAACCUGUCAAGAAGAGUUGGGCCUUAAUGGAUCUUUAUUAUAUUCCUCCUUUCCUGAAGUUAGGUGGCCCUGCAGACAGCUGUAAAGAACCAUCUAGAGAACAACCUGUCAAGAAGAGUUUUCUGAAUUACUAUGACGCAUGCUCCGAAGGCCUCAAGGCGGGCCAUCCAAGCCUGAAGUUAGGUGGCCCUGCAGACAGCUGUAGAGAACCAACCACAAAGCAACUUGUCAAGAAGAGUUGGGCCUUAAUGGAUCACUGUGUCAAUGGUAUGAACUAUUUCACCAAGGAGAAAGGCGUUAGGCUGGACUAUAUCUCCCUGCAUCUCAAGGGUGGAGGUGCAUCACUGUCAAUUCUCACCCAAGAGCUUGCUAAGAUAAAAGAAAUUCAGUUAAAGCAUCCUUCUUUAACAACAACACCAUUCUACAAUGAUGAGGCUGAUCCCCUGGUAACUUGGAGCAGGCCGGAAUGGUGGAGAGCAGAUGCUGCGUAUGCUGCAAUUGUUGCCAAGAUCAUUCUGCAACACCAGAAUAAGAUGAUUAGAGAACACACUAACAUCAGCUAUGAACUCCUCAGCAACGACAACGGGUUCCUCAACUGGCACCCUAACUACUUCGACCAGCGCACCCUCGUCACCCGCUUCCAGAUGAACGAGACAAAGCCCCCUAGUAUACAGACCAUCAAGAAACCUGUCCUUAGCAUCAUGGGAUUGCUCUCUCUCCUCGGAGAGCAGCAGGUGGAGGUCGAUGACCUUUCAUAUCGGGUCAAAGAAGGAGCAGUUUCUGAUGGGGAUGUAGGUGUGCUUGCCACCAUCCACACUCCAACUCAAUCAGGAGGAGCUGACAGUUGGCAAGCUAGUAUCCUCAUACACAACAGUGCAGACACAGAUAACGUCACUGGUACUGAUAGCAUUCAGCUUGAAGUCGGUGGUGUCAACCCAGCUCUUACAACAAAUGUGGCAGACUUAGCUGGUGACCUGGUUUAUGUUGAAUACCUUCUUGAUAAUGCACAUGGAAAUCCCUCAGCCUUCUGGAGAAAGUAUGAUUCACCAGUCUAUCCUACCAGACAGCAGUUCAAGGAGAUGAGACAAAACCAGGAACCAGUUCGAAUUGUUGGACCAAAGACCUUCACCCCUCCUAGCAUGACAUUCAGUAUUUCACUCAACAAACCAGGAGUCAUCCUCGUCCAUAUAUGUGCUAAAUCUGCAUCAGCUCCUGAAAAGGUAACAGGUCUACGCCUUCAUCAGUACACCGCAUCAGAUGUUCUAGUGAUCUGGGAUGAUUCUAAUAUCACAACCCGCUGUAUACUUACCUAUGAAGCAGAGUAUUCUUCCACAGGGAGUGAGGGAACAUAUAAAAGAAUCAACACUGUCGAUCUCAUCUUCACUGCAUUUGUAUAUUCACCUGAUCAGGAAAAGAAGGGUGCUUCAAGUCUCAUCAGUGGCUGGUAUCGUGUGAGGGCGGUAGACUACUGGAAUCGAGCCGGGCUUUAUUCUAAUCCCAUACAACUCCAAACCCAAACUCCAUUUACCUGAGCUUUGCUCAACUCUAUCCUUUUACAGUACAUAUUUGAUGUGCAUCUAACAUUAAAUUCUCCAUUUUUAACAAAGAAAUUUCCAGGAAAAAAUUAAAGGAAAACUAAUCACUUGUUUUAUGGCAGAUUUUCUUCAGAAUAUAUGAUAUAUUAAUAUACAUAUGUAUUGUAUAGAAUUAUAACUCAUCAUGUUAACUUUUUUCAAGAUAUUUA